AUGAUUACACUCCUCUCUCCGCACUAUGUGCUUCAAGAAGUCACCGAAGACGAUAUAGUUAUCGCCUCACUUGCCUGGGGCUUCACAAUUGGCUUCGGCUGGCUCACAACCUGGACUGCUAUGAAGCAAACUAAGCAUAUUUACGAGAGGCAUCGCCUUAGCAUAUUCCGUAACGCUUAUGUCUGGAUGAUAUGGCUGGAGAUUCUUGUCUGCCUCAUCUUCAGCAUUAUCUGUUGGUUACACUUGAAAGGCUAUAUACCCCCUAGUUUUGCAUUCUAUUUUGCUAUUCUUACCACAUGGGCCCUUCAAGUCCAAUUCCUCCUCCAAAUUAUUAUUAACCGUUGUUCCAUCCUUCUUACGGAUAAAAAACACGCCUACCGUCUCAAAGUCGGUGUUGCAGUUUUAAUUACCGCCGUAAAUAUUUCGGUCUACAACAUUUGGAUUCCCGCUCGUCUACAAAUUUCAGAGAGAUAUAUCUGGAUCAACGAGUGGUGGGACCGUGUUGAGAAGGCGAUCUAUCUGAUUGUCGACGGAGCACUGAACUUCUAUUUCAUCAGAAUCGUUCAACGCAACUUAGUAAUGCGCGGCCUGACAAAGUACAGAAGUCUCGUAAAAUUCAAUAUGUGUAUCGUUGGAUUCUCUCUUAGCAUGGACGUUCUCAUCAUUUCCAUGAUGAGUUUACACAACACAUUCGUUUACAUGCAGUUCCAUCCUUUUGCCUAUAUUGUCAAGCUCAAGAUCGAGAUGUCCAUGGCUGAUCUAAUAAGCAAGGUUGCUAGGAAACGCGACUGUGGCGUCGUCUCCGAGGGUAAUUUCAGCAAUGCCGAGGAAGGACGUGCUAGACUCCCAAACAAAAGCUUCGCUUCUGUCAGCAGGAAUCAAAGGACGUUGGUAGAGGAGAUUGACGACGUAUCAGAUGCAGUUUCUAUUGAGCUUCAGGAAGUGGCAAAUGGGACAACUGGCGUCAACUGUCAGCAAGAGACGAUGAGCGACGCCGAUAAGUUUGCCAGCCGAUAUUCGUGUUCAGAUUUGCAAGUGGGGACAGCUGUUUAUACUACACGAGAAAUUCACAUAGACGCCGAGCGGACGCCAAGCAGCCAUGGGGCAGGUAGUGUCGCCAGCUUCCGUGAGAACGGAUUUGCAAGCAAGGAGGACGAUGAUACCAGACCGCUGAGGGACAAUCAGCAUGGCGGCCAGGAGGCAAUAGGUCUUUCUAUAAAUAUCCCGGCCAGCAAGAGGUGUAGCAUUCGCUCGCCCCCUCCUUCUUGGAAGAGGGCCCAAUAG